UUUCUCAAUGGUAAACUAUGACGCCAUAUUGAUCGACUUCGUGUAAAAUCGUUGAAUUUCGUUAGGACACAUCGGGGCCUAUGUUUGGCAGUAUUCGUUCAAUAGAGGAGUUUACUUAGAAGCCCGCCUUUUUCUACAUAAAUCUUGUAUAGAUUAAAUUAUAAUUAAUUUAAUGUAUUCUAAUAUUUCAAUUAGUUAUAAUUAUUCGUGUUGUGUAUUUAUAUUUAAUUUUAUAAACAAACAAUAUUUUUGACAUGAAUUGAAUUUUAAAGUUUUGUAAAUAGUGACAGACACAAAAAUACGAAAUGGCCAUGUUAAAGAUUAUUAAAUGAGUAAUUUAUGACAUUGUCUUAUGUGCUAUACAUUUUAUAAAAUGGAAGCUUUAAGAAGUGAUACAUUACAUACUUCUGAAUCUGUGCAUUCUUUGCCUUGUAUUAACACACACCAUACUGACGAAUUAUCAAAAGAAAAAGAAGAAGAGCUAUUAUAUGGUACAGGUGAUGAUGGUGAUGAAGAAGAUGCUCUUUCAGAUGAUAGUAUGCGUUUGAGACUUUCUGAUGAUGAUGAAAUUGAGACAGAAAAUAUUUUAACAUCUGUUUUAAAUAAUCAAGAAAAUGAAUUAAAAACUAAUAAAAUUGAAACAACAUCUGAAGAUAUGGAAAUUUCUCCAGAAAAAAAUAUUAAAAAUGAUACAAAUACAAAAAUAAUAAACCAAGAGGAACAAUGUUCAGAUAAUGAUUCCAUGGAUGAAAAAAUAGUAAUUGAUUAUGAAAGGAUUAUUAAAAAAGGUGAAAAUGAAAAUGAAUUGAUGAAACAUCAAACAAUUAAUACACCUCGUCUAUGGCCAAAUUACGAAUUACAUUGGAGAUAUCCUAGAAAUCCUAAUGGUCGUCCUUUUCGUAGUGUCAGUCAUACUUAUAAUAGAUUUAGACCUAGAGGACGUUAUAGACUUCAGUCAUAUGAUUUUAGGUUUCAUAAUGCAUUUCUUCCUUUUGAACGUGGAAGAGGCAAUGGAACAUAUAAUUCAUAUAAUAGAUCAAUUUAUGGUAAUAGACAACAAAAAAAAAGUUUUAAGUCUAAUGUAAUGCAAAGGCAAAAUAGUCCAAUUAAAUUUGAUCAAAAUUUGGAAUCAUCAUUAUAUAAAAAUGUAUUUUCAAAAACUCAAAUUGAUAAUGAUGUCAAAAUUAUAAAAAUUCAAGAUCAUGAGACAAUAAAUGAAGAUAAUACAUAUAAUGAAUCUUCAAUUAACACUAAGAAUGAUUCAAAUCAAUCACUGAAUAAAGAAGUAGAUGAUAUUAUUACUAAGGAUUCUAAGGAGGAAAGUUUCGUUAAUUCUGUUGAUAAUUCAUUAGAAUUAAAGCAUAAAUUGGAAGAAAAUAUGAAAAUACAAUGUAAAGAUAAAAAUAAAGAUAUUUUAAUUCAUGCAUCGAAUGAUAAUUCUGUUGUAAAACUUACAAAUUCUACAAUUAAUUCUCAUGAUAAUAAUACAGAUAACAUAAAAUUAAUCGAUAAAAUAAACGAAAACAGUAUAAAUAAUGCAGAUGUUGAUUCUAAUAAUUUUUCUAUUUCUAAUAACUCUAAAAUAAUAGAAUCAUUAAAUAUUAAUAUAACUUAUAAACAUAAUGAAUAUAAAAAUAUAGAGCACACUAAAGAAAAUAAUGUAAGUAAUCAAAAACAAGAAGAAAUAGUUAAAAUAACUAAUAUAAAUGAAAGUGAAGAAAUUAAACAAAUUAAUAAGUUAGAAAAGCCAAAUUCAAAUAAAAAUCAAGAAUUAACAUAUGUUAAUCAAGACAUAGAAAAUAAUUAUAGAAUAAUUGAUUUAGAUAUUUUAAAUGAAAAAGAGAUGAUAAAGAAUGAAUCAAUAGUAAAUCAAGGAAUAACAAAUCAUAAAACUAAUGAAAUUCUUACAAAUAAAGAAGAAAUUUCUUUAGAAAAUAUAAAAUCAAAUAAAGAAAUCAUAAAAACAACAAUUACUGUAUCAAAUGAUUUGUCAAAUGAAAAUGAUAAUGAAAUCAAAGUUAUACAAAAUGUUACCACAGAAAAAUCAGUUAAUAACAGUGAAAAAUGUGAUAAUCAAAUAUUAAAAACUAAUAUUAAUAGUACAAAUUCUAUUAAAAUUAAUGAAUUUAUUUCUUCUGAAGAUCAAGUAACUCAAAGUAAAAUUGAUCUUUUGAAACAAAAUGAAAAUGAAAAUGAUAUAAAAUCUAUAUCAAAAGAAAGUUCUGUAAUAAGUUCUACAAGUAUAACAGCAAAUUUAAAAGAAAACAUUAAGUUGAUAUUGAAUGAAAAUAGCUUAUCCAAUACAAAAUUACAAAAUGAUUCUUUAGAUUUUGUUAUUGAUGGAAAAGAUAAUAGUGGUGAUAGUGAUAAAAUAACUACUGAACCUAUAAUUACCCAGAAAAAAAAGAGGCGAACGAAAAAAAUGAUUACCAUUGCACAAGGAACUGUUUCUGAAGAAGAUAAACAAGUUAAAGAAAGUGGAAGACAAAAAAGACGAACAGCUAAGAAUGCAGAAGAAAUAAUAAGAAAGAAAUUUCUUAAUUAUGAUAGUGAUCUAGAAUCUAGUGAUGGUUCAGAAAAAUUUGUGGUUGUAAAUUACAAAAUGAAUCAAGAUGCAUGCCCUUUAUCACCACCUUCAUUGAAACGAACUUAUUCUGAUACUAAUAGUACUAUUCUGAAUGGUAAUAUUAAAAAAAUUAAAAUAAAUUCUGAAGCAUGUGAUGAAUCAAAAACACAAGAAAAUAAUUCUGAAAACAUUAAAAAACUUAAUUAUGUUCAUAAAUUUUUCCAAAGAGAUUUAAAUGAAAAACUGCCAAAAUUAAAACAAGAAGAAUUAGAAGAACUUUUAAUACAAAAAAUUGUUGAAACAAUUACUAUGCGUGACGAAAUUGGCAAAUUAAGAGAACAAGCACGUAUAUCAGAAAAAAAUCAAGAAGUAAUGCGUGCAAAAUGUCAACAAUUGGCUAAACAAAUUAAAGAUUUUGAAAUGGUAUUAAGUCGUAAUGCUGCAGAUCGACGUGCUAAUAAUGACAAAUCCACUCCACCAAUUAAAAUCAAUAGAUCUGUUGGAUUACAAGUUAAUUUUAUGACGGAUCAUGGCAUGCAGAAUUUACGGCAAUUACAACAGAAUUCUAAUUUGAAAUCUUUGCAUCUUUCAAGUAAUAAUACACCAAAUACUACUAUUAAUGAAACAAAUAAUGCAGCCAGUCCAAGGAAAGGAAUUAAAGUAAGAUCUCCUAGGAGAACUGAAUCAAUAAUUGGACAAAAUCCUGUGGUACCACAAAAUCACACUCAGUCUCCAAAUAUUAUGACUACUAUCACUCCUGCAGCUUUAGUUGUUGCUAAACCUGUAGAUACACAGCAUUCUUUGACAUUACCAAAUCAAUCUAAUGUUCAACAAAUUAUGUCAAAUCAACAAAUGCAAUCACAACAAUCACAGCAAACUAUAGUUCUAAAUGGAAAAUUUCCAAAUCAAAUAAGUCGUCAAGGAUCUACAACAAAUGUAAAAUCUCAUACAAAUGAUCUUAUUGAUCUUACAGAUGAAGAAGAAAAAAGCAAAGCAACUGGUGUAUCAGUUGUAACCACUACAAUAACUGAUCAAGUAAAUUUAGCACAAAAAACGCAACAACCUUGUUUCCAAAGGGUAAUUCAGACCAUUCCUGGGAAUGUAGCUAUAACAAGUCAACCUCCUAGUAUAAGAGUAGUACAACCUGCCAGUCAACCAACACCUACUGCCUUAGUGAAUAAUAUGAAUGCACCUCGAUUAACAUACGUGAUGCAAAGUGGUGUAGGACCAACAAGACAAUUAUUAAUAGCUCCAAAUUCCAGUCCGAUACGACCAGUAACUUCGUGUAGAGCUUCAUUUUCAACUUUAACGUACAAAACGGGAAUAUCAACUAUUGCAAAUGGAACAGUUCGAGUUUUAACAACCCCAGCUACUUCAAGUGUACAGUUAAAUAAACAUCCUGCACCUUUACCAGAUAUACACAAUUAUGCUGUAAAUCCUCUUUUAAAACUUCCACCACCAGCUCCAUCAUUAAAAAUUUCUAAAGUUGCACAUGGUAUAGUAUUAUCUUGGAAUAUGAAUUUAUCAGAAAAAUAUGCAGAUAUUGUUAGUUACCAAUUGUAUGCGUAUCAAGAAAUUGCUGGCAUUCCUCCCAAUACAUCAUUAUGGAAAAAAGUAGGUGAUGUUCGAGCUUUACCACUGCCUAUGGCAUGCACACUUACGCAAUUUUCUGAAGGCAAUAAUUAUUAUUUCGCAGUUCGAGCGGUUGAUACACAUUCCCGAAAAGGACAGUAUAGUUUACCUGGAAACAUUUCAUUAUAAAAUAUAUGAUUUUUAAGUUAUUAUAUUAAUGUUAUUUUUGACGCACAGUUAUAACAAUUCAUGACUCAUAUAACAACAAAUUCCGUAACAAAGUCCUUUAAAUUAUCAUAUUCGUUUAAUUUAUCACAUUCAUUACAUGUAAAAUACAUUUAAUGAAGUUACAGAAGUGUUUAUAAUGAUCAGUAUGAUGUAUAAAGUACACAUACAAGCAAAUUUGUUAUAUAGUAGUAAAUAUCCAUUUAAUUGUAAGUAAUUCAUAUAUUUCUUAAUAACUAUGAUAUAAUUGUAGCUAAUAUAUUUUCCUUUCUUUUUUAUACUCUUUUAGUUUAAAAAAUCAAAAAAUACAAAUCUUAAUUUUGACAAUAUACAUAUAGUUUACAUUUUAUAUUCAUAUCGUUUAUAUCAUUACACACAAAAUUGCAAUGUAAAAAUUCCAUGCUAUUUCGUGCCAUGUUUCAUAAAGUAUUAUCAUUUGAAAGUAUAUAAUAAUUAUUUAUCA